UUUUGUAUAGGUGUGUGUUCCUGCGAGCAUAUAGCGCUCUAGAUUACGUAUCUCUCUCUUAUUUCUUGCUUGGUUGAUGAAGAAGGCCUUUUGAUUGUUUUCUUUCUCUUCAGCAUCCAAUCGAUUUUGUUCCGCAUCGGAAAGUAUUGACCUUUCGUCGUCCAUUGGUUGCAACCCUAAAAUCUCCGAGACGAUUUCUUCAUUUGUUUUUUGGAUCUCUUUCAAAAUUGGGCGUUGUUGAAUCGCGCUUUGUGAUAAUGCCACCGUUUAUGUCUGGGUCCAGAGCUGUAUUUUCCUUAAUUUCACGUGGAAGCGCAAUCAGGAACCCGAUCAGUCGUGCCGGGAUCGCUCAGAGGAGUUUUAUAUCGGAUCAAUUUCGUCGAUUUGGUUCUCUUUCCGGCGUCGAGAGAUGCUCAUCUUACGGGCUUAUGUCCAAUUCCGAUGCUAGAAUAAUCUCAUUCGGGAGAUUGCUCGACACCGGAAGCGUAAUUCAGAGACGGCAUUUUCUGGGUUGCGGAGACGGGGAAGAAGGUGGUGGUGAGCUAUCGAAGAUCUACGAAGAGCGACGUGUCUUGGGGUACUCUCCGGAGCAAUUGUUCAAUGUAGUUAUAGCAGUAGACUUGUACCACGGGUUUGUUCCUUGGUGUCAACGCUCCGAGAUUCUUAAAGAACAUCCAGAUGGGUCCUUUGAUGCAGAAUUGGAGAUUGGUUUCAAGUUUCUUGUUGAGAGUUACACUUCCCAUGUAGAAUUCGAAAGGCCGAAAUGGAUUAAGACAACAGCGAGGGACACCGGCCUGUUUGACCAUUUGAUAAACCUCUGGCAGUUUAAGCCAGGACCAGUUCCAGGAACCUGCGACCUUUCUAUCCUUGUCGAUUUCAAAUUCAACUCACCUCUCUAUCGCCAGGUGGCUUCAAUGUUCUUAAAGGAAGUAGCAACAAGACUCAUGGGGGCAUUUAGUGACCGGUGCCGACUAGUGUAUGGUCCAGGAGUUCGAGUAGAUGAGCAAAGAGCUUGAGACAUAUCAUAUAUAUAAACAUGGGAAGAAGCAACAUCAGAUUAGUUUUCAUCUUGUUUUGCUAGAGAGCGAUUACGCAUAGCUUGUUUUAUUGAUUUUUCAUAUAUGAAUUGCUUUUGCAUAACAAGAUCAGAUGUUUGUUUAAUGUAAAAGCCGGAAACAAUAAAUACAUGUAUUUCUCUUUUGAAAGUAUUUUCUUUCUUAAAACAGCUCUUUUUAGUGUAGACAUUGUUGAUAACGUCAC